UGGCGAAAGAAAAGAGAACACGUCAAUACAUUAUAUCUCUGUUGUCGGGUGAUAUACGCGUGCAUGCAGCGUAUAUGCGUACGGAGAUGUGUAUAUAGACUCUGAGCUCAGCGAUUCACCAUAUCCAAUUCUCUGAGAAGAAGCUGAGAAUGGUUGAUGAGCAAGAGAGAUUACUACCAAUCGCAAACGUGGGCCGUAUAAUGAAGGAAAUCCUGCCGCCGAGCGCCAAGAUCUCCAAGGAAGCCAAGCAGACAAUCCAAGAAUGCGCGACAGAGUUCAUAGGCUUCGUGACGGGUGAGGCGUCAGACAGGUGUCACAAGGAGAAUCGCAAGACGGUGAACGGCGACGACAUCUGUUGGGCUCUGAGCAAUCUAGGGUUUGACAACUACGCUGAAGCAAUGGCCAGGUACUUGCACAAAUAUAGGGAGUAUGAAAGAGAGAAAAAUAGAAGCAACAGCAGCAACAACAAUCAAACCCUAGCUACUUCAAGUGGAGAUAAUAAGGAUGAUGGAGAGCUACACUUAAGAAUUGAAGAGCAGCAAGUAAGGCAAGUUGAAACCCACCAAAGUCUUGCUCCUUUAGAGUUUCAAUUCAUUGACAAGGGCCAGAGUUCCACAUCUGAGCCAGCUUAAAGGUGAUGCUUCUUUUCUUUUCACAAUUCACAAAUGAAGAAGAUGAUGAAUGUACACAAGCUGAAAACAUAGAUUACACCACAAUGAUUUGACCAGACUAGUUUAGUUUGAUUGUGGGUAUUGAGAGUUUUUUCUUUAAAAGGUAACUCUGGAUUCUUUAGACAUCAAAUGUAACCUCAAGAACUUUAAGAACUUUUAGUGUACUUUUUGAAAUUUUCUUUUCCUCCCAUUUCUUCAAAUUUGUGCAGAUAUGAUAUGGUUUGCAUCACUGGAGUUUUAUUGGCAUGUUAUUGAGGGAUAUGGAUGUAUAUGGAGAAAGAAAAAAAUAAAUCUCUGUGAUCUCUCAUUUUUCAUAGUGUUUUACAGUGAUAUUCAUAGUAGAAGAUUUG